CUCCCAAAUCUGGACACAGCAGAGCACGUACUGCGCCCGUUUCGGCUGCUGAUGGUGUCCAAAAGUAAAAAACCAACGCUUUUGGACUUGGCUCUCCGGCCGCGGCGGAUUAGACAAGGCAUCAGAACUUUCGCCGGUCGUGGCCGCCCUUUCUCUCUGCUUUCAUGAGAUUCUUUCCUUGCUGCUUUAAAUUCUAUGUAUGCAUUUAUUUUAUUUAUUUCGAAUCGAUUGGCUGCAGACCGUCCGAUCACUCGGAUUGUUUGUUUGAUUCUUUCGAUUGAUUUGAACAGAGUCAUUCAACUAUUUCGAAGCGAUUGAUCCUUAGGCCUGCGUUUUAAGAGGCGCCAUUAAUGCGUUUGAGAUGGGAGAAGGAGUUGAAGGAGAGGAACUGCCCAGCCUUCUUCUUCAAACUUAUCUCUGUUGCUUCCUAACGGUCGCUGUGGAAUAGUUAAACUUUUGUGGUGUGAAGAAGAAGACGAGGUCUAAGAGGCUUUACUGGCAUGCAAAAUCACGGUUUUUCCUCAGAUCCAGAUGGUUUGGGUUCCUCAAUGGUGAAUGAUUGGAAGUUUGGAAGUAUUUCUUAGUAAAAAUGCAGAUGUCCAAUGUGGACGGAGAAGUCUUCUUUGACUCACUGGACAACAAUAGGAAUUCGGUUGACUCUAUAUCUUCUUUUUUCUCCGUAGAUGAAGACCUUGAAACUAACCUCAGAAUUUUAGAUCCUCAAUUCUGGACUAGCGACAUGAUGUCCGUUAGUGAAAGAAGAAAAAAUUUUGCGCGCUUGAUGGGUUUUGAUGAGUUUGUUUCUUCUCAGGAAGUAUGCUCUCUUGAUCCAACAGAGCCUUUAAGUGAUAUCUCUGCAGAUCAGAUUGAGCUGGAGAGACUUUCGGAAAGUAGUGGUGCUGCGUUGAAUUCUUUCUCAACAACUAAUGAUGGGGGUGUAGGAGAUUCUCUUUGUUGCAUAAGGGAUCUGGAUAGUGGAAAAAAGUUUACUGUUCACGAUACAGGAGAAAAUGGUCUGUCUGCUUUGAUCAGAGAAGCUGGUUCAGGAAAAUUUUUGACGUUGAAGGACUUUGAGAAGUUACUUGGACUAUCUUGUCAUGUUCUUAAGCUGAUGCAGAGAGAGCAAGCUUUUGGAGAUAAAUAUGGUCAAGGCUUCUCAGGAAGUAAGAAACCGCUUAGCAGCUGGUGGAGAAGGUUUAUCUCUAAGAGACCUACUGCAGGCUUCUGUAAGAAUGAAGUUUCCAUUAAAAAUUCUCAAGUACCUCGACCUAUGACAACUAAGGUUCAGCAACAUCGGAAAAGUUGUAGAGAGCUCACGGCAUUGUUUACUGGGCAAGAAAUCAAAGCUCACAAGGGCUUGAUUAGAACCAUGAAAUUUAGUCCGUCGGGAUGCUACAUUGCCAGUGGUGGUGAAGAUUGUGUUGUUCGGAUCUGGCAGAUCAGGGAAUUGGAAGCUUUUUGCAAAUGCUCCAUUGCUGAUGGCUCUGCUAAAUUUAUUGGUAAAGUUGAUAGUAGCAAAUCCUUAACUGGAAGGAAGGGUUCUGACUCUGCGCCGAUUGUUAUUCCAAAGAAGGGUUUUAGGAUCAUGGAAACUCCACUUCAAGAAUUUCAUGGACAUACUAGUGACAUCCUUGACCUUUCGUGGUCUAAUUCUAACUGUCUUCUUACGUCUUCCAUGGACAAAACUGUGCGAAUGUGGAAAGUUGGUUUUGAUGGAUGCCUUAAAAUUUUUCAGCACAAUGAUUAUGUGACUUGCAUUCAGUUCAAUCCUGUUGAUGAAAGAUACUUCAUCAGUGGCUCUAUAGAUGGAAAGGUUCGCAUUUGGAGUGUCUCUGAAAGUCAGGUGGUUGAUUGGGCUGACAUUCGUGAUAUCGUUACUUCUUUGUGCUAUCGACCAGAUGGAAAGGGAUUUGUUGUUGGCUCCAUUAAUGGAAAUUGCCGCUUUUAUGUCUACUCUGGUAAUAGCAUCAGAUUGGAUACACAAUUCUGCAUUGAGGGUAAGAGAAAAUCUGCUGGAAAGCGAAUUACUGCACUGCAGUUCUCUCCUGAAAACCCAGAUAAGGUGAUGAUUACCUCAGCAGAUUCCAGAGUUAGAAUCUUCGAUGGGCUUGGUGUUGUCCACAAUUUCAAAGGUCUUCGGCAGACAAAGAGUCAUCUAUCCGCUUCAUUUACUUCGGAUGGACGGUACAUAGUAUCUGUAGGCGAAGACUCUAAUGUCUACGUAUGGAAUUGUGAUUUGUUGAGCAAACCAUCUUCCAAAGAAGCCAAAUCAAUUCGCUCCUUUGAACUCUUCUUUUCUGAAGGGGUAUCAGUUGCAGUUCCAUGGCCUAAAAUGGAGCACAGAACAGCUCCUUGCACCAAUGGGCUUCUCCUUCCCUCACCACCUCUUAAAAUUUUGGAGCCUUCAACAUGGCUAUGGGAUUCAGAUUGUCUGUAUUUAGGCUCCUGGCUCUUCAGCGAGGGUGUAUCACGCGUUGGACCGGAAGAGAAACUUCCUAAAUCACCUCAGACUUUAUCAAAUUCAGAUAAUCUCAAUAAUGUCAAUGCGAAGAAUGAAAUAGUCUAUCGUUAUCCACAGCUUACUUCUCUUGCAGCCAUCUGGAGCUUAGUGAUUGUUACAGCCAGCACUGAUGGGCGCAUCAGAUCUUUCCAUAAUUAUGGACUACCUGUAUUGUUGUAGCAGAUAAAAGAAGUUUUUUGCUUUCUCUAUGGCCUGUCGUGGGUCCAUUUUUCUGUGCAUUGGAAGCUUUUUUUCUGUCUACAGAGCAGAGCAUCACAUGAGAUCUCUGCAACUGCCUCAUUUCUUCUGAUGCUAACAUUUCCAAGAAAGAUGACCAGGAAAUUGUCCAUUGUAGAUGAAAAUAAUCCAGUCAAAGAAAUUGUUUGUUGAGUGACGUUCAUUUGGAAAGAAACAGGGAAGUGCGUAAGCUUUUUGAGAUGUUUUUGGAGGAAUGAUUUGUUACUCUGUUGAGUAAACAUGGACGAUCCAUUAGAAACAAGUGAGUUUUAGCCUUUGGCGUCCAAUUCAUAUUAAUGAGAUAUGUUGAUUCUACUGUUACUGCUA